AUGCUGGCCCUCCCCUCCGAUCACCCUCAUCCAUCACAUCCCCCCCCCGAUCUCUACCCUGAUCCACAUCCCCGAACACUAGAGCCCUCUCCCUCGAGUCUCUCAGCUCCUCGAAGAAAAAUUCACCGGUCCUGCGCGCCGACACUCGACUCGGCCGUCCUCCAUCGCCUCCGUAGGCUGUAUGAACCUGAUAGGGCUCAGACAGUCGACGGACGUGGACAGAUCGACCGACGAACCUCCACUAGUAGCGAAGGAACGAGGCUAUCUGCCCCGCAUCAUCCCACUCUCUCCUCUCCAUCCCUUCCCUCAAUCCGUCCACGCCCCCUGCAGCUGAAGCAGCCGGCUCGUCACGCCAGACUCUCUAGCUAUCACGGAUCCCCUAAACACAACGAGCAACUCCCAUCUUCUGUUUGGAGAGGGGCAAUCUCGCCGUCGAUCCUCACUAAACUCUCUGAAUCAGCACCGGGGUUUGGUGGGUGGGGUUGGUGUGUUUGUGUUGUGGGGUUUGGUGUGGGGGGUGGGUGGGGGGGGGGGGGGGGUGUGGGGUGUUGGGGUGGGGGUGGGGUGGGGUUUGUUUUGGGGUGGUUGGGGGGGGUGGGUGGGUGGUGGGGGGGUGUGGGGGUUGGGUGUGUGUUGGUGGGUGGUGGGGUGUGGUGGGGGGGGGUGUGGGGGUUGUGUGUGUGUGGGGGGGUUGUGUUGUUGUUGGGGUUGAUUUGUUUUUUGGGUUGGGGGGGGUUUGGUGUUGGGGUGGUUGGGUUGUUGGUUGGGGGGGGUGGUUUGGUUGUUGGUUGUGGUGGUGGGUGGUUGUGGGGGGGGUUGGGGUGGGGUUGUGGGGGGGGGUUUGUGGUGUGGUGGGGGGUUGUGGGGUGGGGGGUAGUUUUUGGGGGGGGGGGGGGGGUGUGUUGGGGUUUGGGGGGGGGUUUUGGGGGGGUUGGUUGGUGUGUUGGGGGGGGGGUGGUGUGGGUUGGGUGGGGGGUGGGGGGGGGGGGUGUUGGGGGGUGUGGUGUUGGGGGGGUUGUGGUUGGGGGGGUUUUGGGGGGGUGGGUUGUGGGUGUUGGGUGUGGUGGAGUUGUGUUGGGGGUUGUGUGGGUUGGUGUGGGUUGUGUUUGGUGGAGGUGGUUUGGGGUGUUGUGUGAGUUGGGUUGUGUGUGGUUUGGGUGUUGGGUUGUGUGGUGUGGGUUGGUGGGUUUUUGUUUGUGGGUGGGGUGUGUGGUGUUUGUGUUUUGUUUGUUGGGGGUGGUUUGGUGUUUGGGGUGGUGUGGUGUUGUUUUUGGUUAUGUGUUGUUAGGUGUGGGGGUGUUGGGGUGGGGAGGGGUUGUGGUGGGGUUUUUGGGUUGGGUUUGUUGGUGUGUGUUUGGGUGGGUGGGGGGGGGGGGGUGGUUGUUUUGUUUUGGAUUUGGUGGGGGGGGUGGGGGGGGGGGGGGUGUGGGGGGGGUGGGGGGGUGGUGUGGUGGGUUGGGUGGGUGUUUUGGGGUGGGUGGUUUGGUUGGUUUGUGGGGUGGGGGUUGGGGUGUGGUUUUGGGGUUGUGGUGGGGUGGGGGGGUUUUGGGGGGGUUUGUUUUGGGGUGUUGUGUGGGGGGUGUGGGUGGGGUUUGGGGUUGGGGUGGGUGUUUUGUUGUGGUUGGGGUGGGGGGGUUGGUGGGGGGGUUGGGGGGUGUGGGGGGUUUGUUGGGGGUUGGUGUGGUUGUGUGGUGUGGUGUGGGGUGGUUGAUUGAUUGGUGGUGGUGUGGGGUGGGGGUGGGGUGGUUGGAUGGUUGGGUGUGGGGUUGGGUGGUGGGGGGUGUGGUUGGUUUUGGAGUUGUGGGGGGGUUGUUUUGGUGGGUGGGUGGGGGGUUGUGGGGGGGGAUGGGGGUGGGUGGUGGUUGUGUGGUUGGUGUGGUUGUGUGUGUGGUUGGUGUUGGGUGGGGUGGGGGUUUGGUGGGGUGUUGUGUGGGGGUGGGUGGGUGGUGUGGGGGUGGUGGUUGUGGUUGGGGUGGGGGUUGUGGUUUGGUUUGGGUGGGGUUUGGGGGGUGGGGUGGGUGUUGUGGUAGUUGUGUGGUGUGUUGGGUGGUGGUGUUGUUUGUUGUGGGGAGUUUGGUGGGGGUGGGGGUGUUGGGUGUUGGGGGGGGGAUUGUUGGGUGGGGGGGGUUUGUUUUUUGGGUGUGUUUUGUGGGGGGGUGUGGUGGGGUGUUGGGGUGGGUGGUUGUUGGUGGGGUGGGGGGGGUGUGGUGUUUGUUUUGUUUGUUUUGGUUUGUUGUGUGGGGGUUUGGGUUGGUGGUGUGUAAGAGGUUGUGUGGUGGUGUGUUGGGGGGGGGGGGGGUUUUGGGGGUGGUGGGUUGUUGGUUUUGGUGUGUAGGUUUGGUUUGGGGGGGGGUGUGGUGGGGUUUGGGGUUUUUGGGGGUGGUGUUAGUUGUGGGGUUGUUGUUUGGGUUGGGUGGUGGGGUUGUGUUGGGUGGUGGGUUUGGUGGUGUGUGUGGUGGUGGGGGGUGGUGGGGGUUUUGUGGUUGUUGGGUGGGUGUGGUGGGGGGUUGUGGGUGUGGUGGGGUUUGUGUGGUUUGGGGUUGUGGGGGGGGGUUGGUGGGGGGUGUUUUUUGUGGGGUGGGGGGGGGGGGGGGGGGGGGGGUGUUGGUGGGGGGUGGGUUGUGUUGGGUUUGUGGGGGGGUUGGGUGUGGGGGGGGGGGGGGUGGGGGGUUGGGGUGUGGGGGUGGUUGGGUGGUUGUUGUGGGUGGGUGGGUGGGUGGUGGGUGGUUGGUGUGGUUUGUGUGGGGUGGGGGUUUGUUAUUUUGUUUGUGGGGGGGUUGGUGGGUGGGGGGGGUGUGUGGGGGGGGGGAGUGUGUGGGGUUUGUGGUGUGGGGUGGGGGUGUGGGGGUGGUUGGGUGUGGGGGGGGGGGGGGGGGGGGGGGGUGGGGUAGUUGGUGUGGGUGGUUGGGUGUGUGGUUGGGGGGGGGUGGGGGGGGGGUGGGGGGUUGUGUUUGUGGGGUUGGGGGGUUGUUGGGGUGGGGGGUGGGGGGUGGGUGUUUGUGGUGUUGGGGGGGGUUGGGGGGGGGGGGGGGGUGUGUGUGGGUGGGUGGGGGUGUUGUGUUUUGGGUGUUUAGUGUGUGGGUGUGGGGGGUGUGUUUGGUUGGGGUUUGGGUUUUUUUGUGUGUUGGGGGGGUUGUGUUUUUUUUUUGUUGGGUGGGGGGUUUGGUUGUGGUUUGUUUUUGUUUGGGGGGUUGGUUGGGUUUGUGGUGGGUGUUUUGGUGUGUGGGUUUGGUGGUGGGGUUUGUGGGGGGUGGUGUGUGUGGUGGGUGGGGUGUUUGUGGUUGUUUAUGUUUUGGGGUGUGGUUUUUGUGUUUUGGUGGGGGGUGUGUGUUUGUUAUUUGGGUGUGGUUGGGGGGGGUGGUGGGGGGGGGGGGUUGGGGGGGGUUGGGGGGUGGGGGGUGGGGGUGGGGGUUGGUUGGGGUGUUGUUGGGUUGUUGGGGUGUGUGGGGGGGUGAUGGGAUGUUGGGUGGGGGGGGGGUGUGGUUGGGGGGUGGUUGGGGGGGUGGUUGUGGUGUGUGGGUGGAUGGGGGGGUUGUGUUGUUUGGUUGGUGGUUGUGUUGUGGGUUAUGUUUGAGUUUGUGUGGUUGGUGUUGUUGUGGUUGGGUGUUGUUAGUGUUGGGGGGGGGGUGGGUUGGUUUGGGGGGGUGGGGGUGGUGUGGAGGGGGUUUGGUGGGGUGGGGUGUGUGUUGUGGGGGGGGGUGGGGUGGGUGGUGGGGUGGGUUUGGGGGUUUUAGGUUGUGUUGGGUUGGGUGUUUGGGGUUUGUUUGGUUUGUUGUUGGGGGUAGGGUGGGUUUUUUUUGUUUUUGGGGUGUGGAGAGUGUGAGGGUGUGUGUGUGUGGUGUGUGUGUGUUUGUUGGGUGUGUGUGUGUGGGUGUGGUAUGUGUGGUUGUGUUUGGUGUGGUUUGUUGUUGUGUGUGUGUGGUUGUGUGUGGUUUGAGGUUGUGUGUGUGUGUGUGUGGUGUUGUUGGUGUUUUGUGGAGUGUGUGGUGUGUGGGUGUGUGUUGGUGUGUGUGGGUGUGUGUGGUUGUGAGGUGUGUGUGGGUGUGUGUGUGUGUUGUGGUGUUGUUGUUGUGUGAUGGUGUGUGUGGUUGGUGUGUGUGUGUGGUUGUGUGGUUUGGUUGGGUGUUGUUGUUUGUGGUUGUGGAUGGGGAUUUGUUUGUUUUUGGGUUUGGGUUGGGGUGUUGGGGGGUUUUGGUUGGUGGGGGUUUGGGUGGGGUGGGUGUGGGUGGGGUUGGGUGGUUGGUUGGGGGGUUGGGGGGGGGGGAGGUGGAGGGGGUGGUGUGUGGGGUGGGUGGUUUGUGUGGGGUGGUGUGGUGUUGGGGGUUGUUUGGGUGGGGGGAGUGGGUGGUGGGGGGUGGGGUUUGUGGGGGGUUGGGGGGGGUUGUGGGGGGGGUGUGGGGGGUGUGUGGGUUGGUGUGUUUAGUGGUGGGGGUAGUUGGUUGGGUUGGUAUUGAUGAUUGGGGGUAUUGGUAUUUGUGGGGUUGUUGGGGUGGGGUGUGGGGGGGGUAUGGGUGGUUGGGGUGGGGUUGGUUUGGGGUGUUGAUUUGGUUUGGGUGGUGGGGAUUGAGUGUGGGGUUUUGUUGGGUUUUGUGUGAUGGUGGGUGGAUUGGUGAGGGGGAUGGAUAUUUGGGGGGGGGGGUGGGGUUGGGUUGUGUGGGUGUGGGUGGGGGGGGGUGUUGGGUUGGGUGGGGUGGGUGGGGGGGGGGGUGGUGUUGUGUUUGUUUUGGUGUGUGGGGUUUGGGGGGGUUGUGUGGUUGGGGUGUUUGUGAUGGGGUGUGGGGUUUGAUUGGUUGGAUGGUGGUUUUGUGGAGGAUGGGGGUUUUGGGUGGUUGUGGUGUUUGUGUUGGUUUGUGUGGGGGGGGUGGUUGUGUUGGGUUUAUUGGUGUUGGGGGGUUGUGUGGGGUGGUGUUUGGGGGGGGGUUUGGGUGGUGUUUGGUAGUUGGGGGUUGUGGUGUGGGGUGUUUGGGUUUUGGGUGGUGGGGUGGGUGUGUGGUGUUUUGGUUUGGGGGGUGUGUGGGUGGUUGGUUGGGUGGUGUGAUGUGGGGGGGGGGGUUUUUGGGUGGUGGGGGGGGUGUUGUUGGGUUUUUUUGUGGUAGGUUGUGUGUGUGUUGGGGUGUGUUGUGUUGUUGUUGUGGUGGGGUGGGGGGGGUUGGGGUGGGUGUGGUUGUGGUGGGGGGUGGUGUUGUGUGGGGUGUUUGUUGGUUGGUUUGUUUGUGUUUGGGUUGUGGGGUUGGGGGUGGUGGGUUGUUUUGUGUGUUGGGGUGGUGGGGGGGGGUUUGUUGUGGUGAUGUGGGGGGUGUGGGUGUGGGUGGUGUGUAUGUGGUUUGUUUGUUGGGUGAGUGUUGUUGUGUUUUGUGGUUGGUUUUGGUUUGUUUGGGGGGGGGUGUGGGGGGGAGGGUUUGGGGGGGUUGGUGUGGGUGGGGGUGGGUGUGGGGGUGUGGGGUUGGGGGGUGGGUGGGGGGGGUUGUUGGUUUUUUGGUGUUGGGGUGGGGUUGGAGGAGUUGGUUUUGGGUAAUUGGUUGGGGUUGUAGGGUGUGGGGGGUGGAUUGGGGGGGGUGGGGGGGGUUGUGGGGGUGUUGUGGGGGGUGGGGUGUUGUGUGUUGGUUUGUGGUUGUUUUUGUUGGGGGGGUUUAUUUUUUUGUUUGUGGUGGGUGGUGUUUGGUUUGGGUUGGGUUGGGUGGAUUGUUUGUGAUUUGUUGA